AUGUUAAUAAUGGCGGCAACAAUUCAUCGAGCAAUGAAACAACAUUAUAUUGAUUAUAAAGUUCAAAGAAUUAAUGAAAAAGAAGAAGAACAACAUCAACAAUAUUAUUGUCAAGUUUAUCUAAGAUUAUUUUCAGCAACAUUUAAAUGUUCAGUUGAUGUUAUUAUUGAUUCAAUAAAUAAACAAUCGAAUGACAGUGAUGAUAUUGAUUCAAUUUUAAUAGCAAAAACUCGAAUACCAAAAACAAUUAAGCCAGGAGUUAUACGUAUUCGUCUGGUGUCAUCGUUAUUUAGUGCCGAUAUUGAUGUACAUGAAGAACCAUUUCUGAUUAAACUUGAAACAAUCAGAAAUCAACCUUAUCAUAAUCAUUUUGAUAAACAAUUUGCUCUUAUAUUAAAAAUAAAUUUAAUCUUAAUCUUAUUCUGGAUCAAAUAA